AUGCAUUUCGUGUCCUAUAGCGAGACCAGAGGUCAUACGAAGCAGGAAAGCGCGAAAGUCGAAUUUUCGCCCUUCGGCCGAAGCUAUCCCCUCGACGCGCUCGUGGAUUUCUUGAUCCUGCUCAUUCUCCCUCACGUCCACAUUCGUGUACCGUUUGUUGCAUUGCGCACACGUACAGCAGUAUUAGCUACCUGCACAAUGGAAGUACUGGAAUCGGAGUAUGGGGGCGAGAUAUACCGCCCGUCGAGGGAUGGCGAGCGUCCCACUUGGAAGGAGUGGAGCCAGGAGAGGGAUGAGUCGCUGCCGCUGCCGAUGCAGAUUAGGCAGUCGAUGGCCAACGGCGAUCUCCUGGAGAAGCUCAGGCGGGGCGAGCAUCCUAAGGAUCCCAAGCGUACGGCGAGCGUGCAGGUGCACCGCGACCACAAUCGCCACCACGCCCUCAUUGCGCACAACGCCGCCGUAGCGGCGGAUACGCCCGAGAGACGGGCCUACUGCCGCAAGCGCGCGAGGGGUAGAUUUGUGCGCAGCUGCCUGUACAACGCACUGCUGGCGCCAGUGCUGAGGCUGCCGAUGGAGCUGCUGGGCGAGAUCUUCGAGCAUGCCAUCGGCGCCGAAGAGGAGGACGGCGACGGCGAUGCGCUGAUGUGGGCGCGCGCCGCGAUCGCCAGUGUCUGCAGCCGUUGGCGCGACACGGCGAUGGCCAUGAGCGCGUUGUGGGCGACGACCGUGUUCACGAGGGCCUUCCGCAAGCCCGAAUGCCGCGGGGGCAUCAUUGCGUCCCACGCCAGGCUUGCCCGUCACCGUCCCGUGUACAUCGAGGUCCAGCGCUCUAGCCGGGAGUAUGAGACCUUCAAGCAGUGGUUGGAGCUGAAGGAGCCGAUCGAAGAGAGCGCGGACCAUGUGUACAUGGACCUCACGGAGGCGCGAUGCUUCGAAGGCAUCGACUUGCGGCUCCGGAAAGCAACAUGGCUCGAGCUUCACGGCGUCGGCUGGCGUCCACAACUCCUGCCGCACGUGAUCGAUGGUCCCGAGCUGAAGGUCCUCGGGUUGACCUAUCUGGGCGGCAUAGAGCACUUCGUGGCUCCCUGGCACCAGCUCACGGUCCUGAAUGUCAAGGAGCAAGUCGUGGAUGCUGCGUGCGCAGUGCCGGUCCUGGCGCUCUGCCAGCAGCUGGUCGCUUUGACCAUGCACUUCAAGGACUACGACGUCGUUCCACUACCCCUAGAAGUAGUGAGCCUGCCACAACUGCGCGAGAUAGACUUCGGCGAAAGCGCUGGCAUCCUCCUCGCCUGCCUCAACGCCCCGAAUUUGCAAGAGCUGCGCUUGACCCUGAGCGAUCCCGAAGUCGUGACUGCCGCGAAGGACUUCGUCGUGACGCGCGAGCACGGGCGGGGGCUCCGGGAGUUCUACGCCGAGCGUUGCGAGCAGCUCAGCGCACGGUGCUUCCACAGGCUGCUGGAAGCGAUGCCGGGCCUUCUCUGCAUCGACAUCGAGGGCUUCGCGGCCUCCAAGCACCGGCGGCGCAACCGCCGCGUCGUGCGCGCGAGCCUGCUGAGGGAGCUUGUGUGGGGGGAGGGGCGGCACUUGCUGCCGCGGCUGCAGAGCGUCGGGCUGAAGAGCGUCGGAUUGGAGAACCUAGCGUUGCGGUGGGGCGAGGAGGCGGAGGAAGCGCUUAGAGCGAUCAUUGACAGCCGGUGCGGCGCUCUGGGCGAGGAAGGGCCCGCCGUGCUGGAGGAUGUGUUCGUCCAGACCCCUCUGACGCUCUGCUCCACGUUGAUGCUUGAGGAGGGCGAAUCGUACGUCCUGCAGAGGGGUGUAGGAGUGACUUGCUGGGAGCCUGGCCUUUAG